AAAGCCUGCUAGCAUGGAAAAGCAGCUCGCUAAUCAGCUGAUUGCUCUUGAACCAACACCUGAAGUCAAAGUAAAGCGCAAGUGCCACCAGUGCCACCGAAGUGGAACAAGCUCUGAGUAACGUUUUGCGAGAAUAACGAUAAUCAUCGUCACUUUAUCAAUUUCUUAGGUAGAUCACAGAGAUAUAAAACAAUUUAACCACACUUAAAUUGUCACUUGUCAAACCUGAAGUGGGCACAAGAUAAUCAUUCAUCCGGACCAAUUACCGUCUAACCGCAUUCAUAAUAAUUAGGCCUGCGGUAAUUAGUUGGUUAAUCUGCGGUGAACAAGAUUCGAAGGUGCUUGAGAAGAUUUUUUUAGGACGAUGCGAUGGAGGGAAAUUGUACAGAUCCUUACGAACAGCAACUUUUAGCCGUAUUUGAGAGUUGUCAAACGAAGGGGCAGAUAGGUCUGGACGAAAAUGGGCUGCGAUCGUUAUGUGAGAAAUUACAACUCGAGGAGCAAGGAAAGGAGUUGAUAUCGUGUCUCCUGGAGCAAACCGACACUGAUAAGUCUGUGUCCUUUUACGAAUUCCGUGAUGGUCUUCUUGCUUUAUUGGGAAACGCUCAAGAUAGAAUCUCCAGUUAUUCGGAUCGAGAAUUUCCCAACAGUGACUCGUUGCAAAGUUUAAAUUCUGCCAAGUUAGCCAACAAGAGGUACGGACGGAAGACCAAACCAAAAGAACAAAACGCGGAUAUGAUGGACUUUCAACACCAAAAUUUAGAUGGCGCAAAAAAUGAAAUAUGGAGAGGCGUAGAUGGUCUUCUCAAUCAGGAUAUUAAAAUAGAGGAACAGAGGCUGAGAGAAAUAUGGGCAAAAAUUAACUUGGGUUUGGAUCGGCAAGAGCUGCCCAUUGUAUCGCAAUACGUCAGCAUUCCUUUACUUCCUAAACAGACGUUGGAGCAGAUUUUUGAAAAACUCGAUAUGGAUCAUGACGGACAAAUUACUCUCGAAGAGUUUUUGCUGAUAUUCAGAAACCCCAAAAUGCUGCACGAGCAACUCAGCUCCGCGUGGAAUGCUGGCCUUCGAAAUGAUAUCAUGAAACAAGACUCUGAGAGAGAAAGUAUUCAAAUCCGUGGCCCUCACCACACUGGCUACGCCCGAAGCAGCACAGUUGUGGAUAUGUGGGAAGUUGCUGGCGUUCCUGAUGCAGCCACAUUUUUGUCAGAACUUGGAUUCACCAGUCCAGACAUCAGCCUCACAGAGCUGACAAAUGUGCUCUGCGAAGAGCUGAAAAGCCUCCGUGAUGAGUCCGAUAACAGAGUGAUGGGAACUCACAUUAGUUUGCUGAAAGGAACACUUGUAUUGUAUCAGGAAGAGGUCAGAAGUCUCAACACUUUAGUGGAGCAUUUGAGCGGGGAAAGAGACAAGUUACGAGGAGAUAUAGCAGAAGCGAACCAAAGAGCAACUUUGCUGGCUCAAGAAGUAGAUGAACAUCAUAUCUGCUUGGAAAAGUCCAGUCAGAAUCAAAUUAAGCAGCUGGAAUUGAAGAACGCGGAAAUACUUAAGGACCUAACAGAUCAGCUGACUUCUGAACACGAGUCUAAUGCUGCUGCCUUGAAAUUAAUGGACCAAAGGCUGCAAAUGCUUCAACAAGAAGACCAACGUAUCAGAACUGAGUUAGCCAAUGUCUUGUCUGAGAAUCACACAUUGGAGACUGAAAAUCAAAAUUUAUCGGAGCACCUUUCCAAGCUCAAAUCCUCAAAUAAUCAGCUGCAAAUGCAGAUACAAACACUGGCUGCUGAGCACGACGAGGUCGAAAAUGUUGAAGCGAAAGAAAAUGAGGUUCUGGUUUCUCUAUUAGACCGCAUAAAAAAGCUUCAGUCUGACAACGCUGCGCUACGAGAUCAAAAUGACGAACUUACGUCUGAGCUAGAAGUGAUGAAACAUUCUGUGUCCGAUAUCCAAAGUUCCGGAAAUUCGGCUAUAAGUAAUUCAAAAGAUUUGACUGAUAGAGUGGCUGAGUUGGAGGAACUUUUACAAUCGAAAACUGUGAGAAACAAGGACAUUUCAAUCGGAGCGAACAAUUUGAACGCAAUCGUUGAAACACAGGAACAUCAGUUAGCGGAACUGCGAGGUGUGCUUGGAAAAUUGAAAAAAGAACUGGUCAAUGUUGUGACAGAAAAGAAAAAUGAUUGCACACUCGACAAUUGUGUGCUGCAAAAUAGAAUUUUGGAUGUGAUUUGCAGAAUAGAUACGAAUGUAUCUCCACAUCCCCAAGAAACAGAUUCUAUUAAAAGUUUAGCAAAUGAACUUGAGGCCGAAAGUACACAACAAACGACUGAAUGUAGUAGAGAUUUUGUCACUAAUAAAGCCGAGAAGGGGAAAGUCAAUAGGAAAGCAGUUGGCGGGGACGAUAUAGUUAAGAAUAUUGAUAAGAACUUUAAUAAUUUAGAUGUGAAAAGCGUGUCCAAGAACAAAAUGACUGGCCUACGCGAUUAUCCACCACGCCGAGAUGAAAAUGGUUCCGAUCAAUCGAAAAUUGAAAGAGAGAAGAACAAUGUUUUCUACAAUGUAAGACAGUCAUCUGAAAAAGCAGAAAUUUCUAAAGAUUGUAGAGAUUUUGAUAAAGUGACAGACAUUUUGCAAGAGAUGGAAGAGAAAUAUGUUAAUGAGAAAAAGCAACUCAGUGAGCGCUGCACAGAAUUAGAGAGAAGUUUGGAUUUGUUAAGAACUGAGUAUGAACAGUGCGAAGACUACUGGGCUGGGAAACUCGAAGAAGAAAGACAAUUGUUCGAACAAGAGCAGCGAAUUAGCGAUGAAAAGUUGUCCGAGCUUAUUGCUAAAAUGGCUGAAUACGAAGAGCAAUUUGGCAACAGCGAUAAAACCCACAAUGACGGCCGCCUGUCGCCUAUUGAAGAACGAUUCAACCUUGAGCAACAGUAUACAAAUUUGGAGGAAGAAUUCAGCGAGUGGAAGUCUGAGAUGCAAGAGGAGCUGACGAAAAAAGAUCAAGAGAUUCACGAUUUGCGCGAAAAAUUACAAAAGGGCAAAAGAAUUCUGACUGCAGAAACUUCUGUGCAAUGCUCAGAGGAAUCAGUUUCACAUUCUAAUCUGACAACUAGUUUGAGUGAAGUCAUUCAUGAGAAAAAUUUAUCAUCCUCGAAAAUCACUUCCUACGACACUGAUUCCCGCAUGCUGAAUGAUUCGCUUCAGUUCAAGCAUUCUACGGAAUCUGAAAGUCCGAAUGCUGAAGUGUGCACGUCUCGACCAGCAAGAAUUUUACCCUGCCUGCACGGCUGUAGCUGUUAUCAAAUACAGCCCUACUCUGUUGCUGAAGAAUUGUGUCGAGCUCACAAGGAGGAACUGAGACGAUUGCAUCAAUUGAAAAUCAAUAUCGAGACCGAAUGCAGUAAUUUAAUAAAACAGAAGGAAGCCUUGAUGCAGGAAAUACUGAAACUGCAAAGUCUUCGAGCCAUUAGCUGUUCUUGUACAAAAACAAUCGCCGGAGAACAGGCUUGCCGCAUCGAUCUCAAUGUACUUCAAGCUCUAAACGCGCGAUUGCAGUCCCAAGAACAAAAGUGUCAUCAUCUUCAAGUGUCCCUCAAACAACAGCAACAGUAUACAGAUCGAAUUUUACAUCAAACCUGGAAACAACAUCGAAACGAAAUUGCAGACUUACAAUUCCUAUUGUGUGGUACCCAAGAAAAGUUACAACAACAUUUACAAGCAUAUAAAGAACAGGCCGAGAGCUUAGCACGAGCUGACAUGCUGGCUAAAGAUUUGUAUCUCGAAAAUACAUACCUGAUGGCGAGUGUGGAACGUCUGGAGCAGCACUGUCACGUGUUGACGCAGUAUAGUACCGAAUCGACAUCGGUAUGACCCUCGAGUGGUGGUCUAAUACAUGUAUUACCAUAAUUCAGCGAUACGCAAGAUGUUAGUAUUGCGUAGUGUUCAUCGAUAUUAGCAAUAAUUCUGUGAGAACGAAUGAUUAGUAACUCAGGAAUUAAAUAGGUCGAAGAAAUCAGUUACCCACUUCUCGAUCAAAUACCACUCGAUAUUUAUUAACUCCAGCUUCUACUUACAGCAGGAUAAAACAUAUUUCGUGGGUUUUUCAUUUCAUUGUAUGUAUGUACCAAAAUAUCAAAGGUAGAUCUCUCAGGACCUUUUAGUAUAUUAAUUGAAACCUCCAGUAGUCAAAGCGAUUCUGCACGAAAUUGUCAUAUUUAAAUUUUAUCAUUCGAUGAUGUUAGUCAAAGUUAUAACGCCUUAAAUUCCCGACAUUUUUUUGGGUUAAUCUAGUUUGUUGAAUUCUAUUAAGAAAAUCGUAAUCGAAGAUGAAAGAUUAAAUGUCGUAAGAUUCUAGUGAUAUUUAUUACGUAUCGCAUGUUGGGACACAGCAUGUAACCAACACAAUACAUUAGUAAUCUUGAUGUACGGAAACAUUCACAAUUAUUUUUCUAAACAAGUGAUAUAUCGUGUUUAACAUAUAUUCAUUAUAUUUUCAAUCAUUCCGUGUCUAGUAAUUAAUAUUGACUAUUAUUCAGAUCAUCGCUAUUAAAAGACAAACCAAAGGUUUAGAAAUCUUAAUAUAAUGGAUUCCCAUUUGAUUAUUGCAACUAGUACCAAUUAUUUAUAAUAUAUAGUAUUAUAAUCAU